AGUGACAGAUUGACAGUGAUAACAGCAGCGGCUACCGAUUCGAUUACUGUGCGAGUCAUUGAAGCGGCUGAUUGAAAGUGUUGAAACUCGAACAAUUGUAUUAAUCGUAAACUAUCAUUCUUACAAUACAAUUCGAAAAAACUCCUAAAACGAAGCUAAAUUCCCUCUCAGAACCUGACAUAAUACUAGCAAUGGAAUUAACUAAUAAGAAUUUUCCAGAAUUGAAAAAUGAUAGGCUACUGCGCGCUGCGCUCGGAAAAGAGGUUGAUAAAGUCCCCGUAUGGGUGAUGCGGCAAGCCGGUAGAUACCUACCGGAGUUCCAGGCAGUCAGGGCCCAACACGACUUCUUCACAGUGUGCAGGACGCCUGAAUUGGCAUGUGAAGUGACCCUACAGCCACUAAGAAGAUAUCCACACUUAGAUGCAUCCAUCAUCUUCAGUGACAUUCUAGUUAUUCCACAAGCUCUUGGGAUGACUGUAGAAAUGCACCCUGGUUUAGGCCCCGUGUUUCCUAGUCCUUUGAAAGAUCCAUCUGAAAUAGAUCAGUUGCAGCAAGAAGGUGCUGUUUCAAGACUUACUUAUGUUGGUGAUGCUAUAACUCUAACAAGACACAAAAUUGAAGGCAAAGUGCCUUUGAUUGGUUUCACCGGAGCGCCAUUCACACUAAUGGGUUACAUGAUAGAAGGAGGUGGUAGUAAAACUAUGUCCAAGACUAAGGAAUGGAUUGAAAAAUACCCUAAGGAUGUCCACAAACUACUAAAAAUAUUGACAAAUGUCAUUAUUGAUUAUCUUCUAAUGCAGGUUGAAAGUGGUGCUCAAUUGUUGCAAGUUUUUGAAUCAAGUGCUGACCAUCUUACAAGGGAGCAAUUUAUUGAAUUCUCUGCACCUUAUCUCAAAGACAUUAGAAUUGGCGUUAGACAAGGGAUUGAAGCGAAAUCUCUAGAACAAGUUCCUAUGACAGUUUUUGCAAAAGGUGGUGGACAUUCCCUGGAUAUUCAGGCCCACUUAGGCUAUGAAACAAUAGGAAUAGACUGGACUGUUGAUCCUAUUCAAGCCAGAAAGGCUGUGGGUGAAAAUAUCACAUUACAGGGCAAUCUUGAUCCACAAGACUUGUAUAAGCAACCUGAGGAAAUUCGAAAGAUGACAAUAGAAAUGGCGCGAAAGUUUGGCAAGCACAGAUACAUCUGCAACUUGGGACACGGAAUAACUCCGCAAACUCCUCUGGAAAGUAUGACAGCCUUCACAGAGGCCAUUCAUGAAGCUUUUUAAUAAAUAUGUACAUUUCUAUGUAUUUGUUGUUGUGUUGCAUAUUUUUUAUAUUGUGGUGAAAAUAUAAUGAAUGUUAUGAUAUCAAAAAUAAAGGAAUGGGAAUAAGGCAAA